GGGCUGCCUACCUGCGCGGGGCGCAGAGAUGAUGGCCAUGAACGCCAAGCAGCCGUUCGCCAUGCACGCCGCCCUCCAGGAGCCCAAGUUCUCCAGCCUGCACUCCAGCGCGGAGGCGAUGCGCAGAGUUUGCCUCCCGGCCCCGCAGCUGCAGGGCAAUAUAUUCGGGAGCUUCGAUGAGAGCCUGCUGGCCCGCGCCGAGGCUCUGGCGGCCGUCGACAUCGUCCCCCACGCCAAGGGCCACCACCACCACCCCCCCUUCAAGCCGGACGCCCCCUUCCACGCCAUGAGCGGCGUCCCCUGUUCAGAAAGUGUCUUAAAGAUGUAA